AUGGGUAUUUGUUUUCAAAAAGAAGAUUCCACUUAAGUUUAUGAUUCAAAAACUGAUAAUAAUAAUAAUAAUAUACUUCCAUAAGAUGCAAAACAAAUCAAACUAAAUGAUCAAUUGAACAUGGUAUGUUUAGAAGAUUUUAUAUUUACAAAGGUUAAUUAAUGUUUUAUCUAAAAAGGUUGUAGGUAGAGGAUCGUUUGGAAAAGUCAUGUUGGUAUAACAUAAAAUGACAAAAAAUUAUUAUGCAAUGAAAAUAUUAAGAAAGGAUAUUAUAUAAUAAAAAGGAUAAUAAGUACAUACAAUGAAUGAAAGAUAAAUUUUAGAAGUUGCUUAACAUCCCUUUAUUGUCUAAUUGCAUUUUGCAUUCUAAACUCCUGAAAAAUUAUAUUUAGUUACUGAUUUUCUUGCUGGAGGUAAUAUAAAUAUUUCAUGAUAGGUGAAUUAUUCUACCAUUUAAGAAAAUCCAAAAAGUUUUCAGAAGAAAGAAUGAAAUUAUAUGCUGCUGAAUUAAUAUUGGCAUUAGAUUAUCUUCAUUAAAAAGGAAUUAUUUAUAGAGAUUUAAAACCAGAAAAUAUUUUAAUAGGAAUUGAUGGUCAUCUAAAAUUGACAGAUUUUGGUUUAUCUAGAAUCAAUUUAAAAGAAGGAGAAAGAACUUAUACAUUCUGUGGUACUCCUGAAUAUUUAGCCCCUGAGAUUUUACUAGGUUAAGGACAUGAUUAAUCAGCAGAUUGGUGGAGUCUUGGUGCACUUAUGUAUGAAAUGAUAGCUGGAGCUCCUCCAUUCUAUUCAAAUGAUAAGGGUAUGAUGUUCAGAAAUAGACUUGAGAAAAAAAUAGAGAUGAAACCAUGGUUCUCUCAAGAGGUCUCUAGUUUGUUAACAGGAUUAUUGAUAAAUGAACCUACCAAAAGAAUUACUAUUGAUUAAAUCAAAGCUCAUUCAUUCUUUAGCUCUUUUACUUGGGAAGAUGUAUAUAAUAAAAGAAUCAAACCAUAAUUUAUACCUAAACUUAAAGAUGAAUUAGAUUUAUAAAAUAUUGAUCCUAUUUUUACAGAAGAAGAGAUAACUGAUACUCCUAUAGAUACAUUAAAAGUAGGUACAUUUGAAAAAUUUACAUAUGCAAAUUCAUAAAUAUUCAAAUAAUGA